AUGGGGGGCAGCACGUUCCGGCGGGCGCGCCUGCCGUCCUUGCCGGCGGACUCGCUGGCCACGCCGGGGGACCGCGAGGACAGGCGCGGCGACCGGCUGGACCGGCGCAGCGAGCACACCCCGGACGCCGGGGCGGACCGACGGAGCCCCUCGCCGGACGGCGGCGGCAGGGCCAGAGACCGCGGGGGCAGCCUAUCCGUACUCCAGGACGCGGCACUCGACGGCGUCCUCGACGACGACGACUUCCUCGGCCGCCACGAGGACGAGGACAGGCAGCGCAGGGAGGACGACGACGACGACGAGCUGCUGCGCAGGCAGGACGAGGAGCGGCGGUCGCUAGAGUCCUGGAGCUCGUGGACUACAUCGUCGUCGUCCAGGUCCAGCACCUCCUCCGGCGCCAUGUCGAGGGAACUGCUCUCCGCCAGGCAGCGCUUCGGCUCGCGGUGGACGUCGUCGGGGUCGUCGUCGUGGUGCUCGGGGCUGAGCUCGGCGCGGUCCUCCCUCGGCGCCAUGGCCCCGGGCACGUCCUCCAUGAUGCGCGCGCGGCGGCGCGACGUGAGCGUCAAGCCCAACCGCCGCCUGGACCGGUCCUCGACGCGCGGCAUGAUCUACGAGAACGAGGAGCUGCGCCUCAGGACCAUCAACAUCAGCGCCGAGGUGGAGAGGAGUCAGGACGACGUGAAGAAGCUGCGGCGCGAGAACGACCAGCUUCGCCGCGAGCUGUGGGGGCUCCGGGACGAGUACGACAAGCUGGAGGCGCUGCUCAAGGAGAAGGAGCAGGGCGGAGAGUCGGAGGAAUACUCCGACGAAGAGGAUGCUGAAGACGUGGAGGGGGAAGAGGAGGAAGCCGAGGAGGAGGGUGACGAGGACCAGGACGGCGACGGUGACGACGGCGACCAGGGCGCGGAGGAAGGGAAACCCAGUCCCCAGGAUGGGUCCGCGGCCGCAGCCCCCGCGGCGCAGGGGGCCGCCGCCUACCGGGAGAGGCAGGUGGACUUCGACAUGCUGAGCGUGGUGCAGGAGGAGACCGAGAACGACCAGACCGACUCGCUGACGGGCGGCGAGGACCAGAGCGUGUCCCCGGUCAUCCCGCGCAAGAAGGGCGUCUGCUUCCUGCUGGAGCCGCUCCCCGAGAACCAGGCGCCGGAGCAGGCGGCGCAGGCGGCGCAGGCGGCCCCGGAGCAGCCCAUGCACCUCGUGUGCGACCAGUACCUGCUGGGCGCGGACGGCAAGCCCCUUCGCGGGCCGGCGGGGAAGUUCGCCACGACGGCAGACCUCGCGCAGGACCCCUUCCAGUACCCGGACGCGUACGGCUACGCCACCGGCACCGUCGUCGGCGGCGUGCUCAUCCCGGCCGUGGACCCCGCCACCGGCAUGCCCUUCACGGGGCUGUUCCAGCCGCCCGCCGACGUCUACCUGGACGCGAGCGGCGACGCGGCGCGCGUCAACGGCGAAGCCGCCCUCGGCUUCGACGGCCUGCUCCUGGCCGGCGACGCUGCGGCCAUGGGUCCGGCGGACCGGGCGUCGUCGGCGUCGCCGCUGUGGACGCAGCAGGACGGCGGCGACAGUUCGAAGCCCGCGCGGAAGAUAUGCGAGAAAAGUCCCUGA